UCGGAUGAGAUGCCUUACCACAUGAUAGUGAGGUCGGAUUUUGGAUCGGCUGCCGAUCUUGCUCAUGUGAGUUGAACUGCGUGCUGCAUGGUGAGGUGUGGGGUUGUGUGGUGUAUGUGGAUACCCGAUGGAGACGGAAGAUUUAGUCGUCGAAAAUGUUCCCGAAAAAGUUAAAGCGAAGUGGAGAGCUUUAUAAAAAAGCCGCGAAACUGGAAGAGCAGUUUGAAAAAAAAUGGGCAUUGCAAAAUGAUCCUGCCGGACCCAGCAGCCAGCCAGCAGCUCAGCAAUCUGCCGAGGAUGUUGCUAUGAAUGAACCCUGUGAAGGUCCUGUGGCAUCAAUGGAAGAGGAGUAUUUGGACGAAAACAAUAAUUAUGACGAACGUGCUAGCGAUGAAGGAUCCAUCCACAACAAAGAUACUGAUGGCGAAGAGUAUUUAGAGGAAGAGUAUUUGGAGGGAGAGUUUUUGGAGGCAGAGUUUUUAGAGGAGGAUGUUCGGACAUUGCUGAAAGCUCCGGUGAACGUCAGCGAGCAGAUUACUAAGGUUCCAGGUGGAGAUGAAAUGUGGUACCAAGGCGUUGAUUGUUGUUUUCAACAUUAUUUUCGCGAUGUGGACGUACUAGAGGAUGUGUUUGAGCUGAAUCUUUCAGUGGACGGAAUACCAACAUAUAACCGCAGCGCAAUACAGAUGUGGCCUAUACUAAUGCAGUUGCACAAUAUGCCGAAUGUUCCUGUUAUGGUGGUUGGAAUAUUUUGCGGCACUUCUAAACCAAACGAUGUUGAGCCUUUCCUGAGACCUUUGGUGGAGGAACUAAAUAGGCUACAUGAUCACAAAAUGAACCUAAACGGCAAAAAAAUAACUGUUUCGGUUAGAGUCAUAAUCGCUGACUCGCCUGCACGCGCAUUUAUUAAACAAGUUUGCUACUACAACGGAGUACAUGGGUGUUUAAAAUGAAAAUGCUGUGGUACUUCCCUAAAAACACCAAAAAAAGUUAUUUUCAAGGAUACAACAGCUCCACCAAGAACAGAUAAGGAAUUUAGAGAAGAAAAACCCAGUUCUACAGGGCAUCGAAGAGGUAAAACCCCUCUUACAGAUUUAAAAAAGUUCGACAUGAUAAAAGGUAUAGCUACUAGCGAUUUAUUACAUUUAAUACAAUUGGGUAUUGUUUUCAAGCUUCUGCUAGGCUGGGUCGAAGGAGCUCUUGCCCCCUUUAAAAAAUGGUGCAAGGAAGACAUAGAUGAAAUAUCAGAAGAGCUUAUAAGUAUACUGCUGCCCACAGAAAUUCAUAGGAAGUUUAGGUCUCUUAAUUAUCUUCACUUUUGGAAAGGUACUGAAUUCGGUAGUUUUUUACAUUACGCAGGUAUAGUUGUUUUGCAAGAUAGAAUAGGUAGACUAGCAUACGAACAUUUUAAAUUAUUAUAUUGUGCUAUAACUAUAUUAUCGUCAUGGGCAUUUAAGGACCAGUGGGAGUAUGUCGGUACAUUGUUGAGGAAAUUUGUUGAGGAUUAUAGUGUUGUGUACGAUCGCAUACAUCAAGUGAGCAAUGUUCAUCUCUUGCUUCAUGUAUACGAAGAGGUUAACAAUUUAAGCCCUCUGAUUACUUUGUCGACACAUUCCUGUGAAAAUAUGUUACAAAUAAUCAAACAUAGUUACGUAGAAUCUGGCUACCGAAGUUUGCAUCAAGCGAUAGGAAAAAUUAUAUUGUUGCGAGACAUAGACACUGCAGCACAAAGAAACCAGGAAAGUAUGACGUAUCCUACACUUAAAGUAAAAAAGGAUGAGACAAUUUAGCAAGUUAGGCAAGGAUUUUUGUUAAGGAAAAAUUUUAAGGAUUCUUGGUUUUUAACAAAAAGAAAUAUCAUAGUUAAGUACGAAAAAGCAAUCAAGGAAUCAGGAUCAGUCGUUGUACAUGGGUAUCCUUUGGUAAGACGUUUUCAAGCCUUUACUACUCCUAUUGCCUCCGAUAAAAUCUAUAACUAUAUUGGAUACGAAAACGACAUUUCAACAACGCUUCGAACUAUUCCAAUAACUGAUAUUAAAUGUAAAAUGGUAGCAAUUAAGAAAAUGCGAACAGGGGCUAAAGUACAUUUUACGCCAUUAAUACAUACCUUAACAUAAAAAGCCUUGGUUAGGUUAAUACGGUUAAGUAGGUUAAAUAGGUUAGGUAGGUUAGGUAGGUU